AUGACCAGCAAGAAGCAAAAAAAGGCGCAUAGCUUGCCCGGCGGCGAUGAAACACCGCGAAAUGAAGCCACUCCAGAUAGAUCUGUCUUGCACAGCGCACCGCCGGCGACACAGCGGCCAGGAGCGUUUAGUUCAGCGACUGACGCUGCAGGGAGGGCGACAAAUUCAGCACCGGCGUUGGGAGAUUCCAACUCUUUUCCGACGUCAAAAGUGGCCAUACCCCGCCAGCCGCUGGGGUCCACGCAACGCUACAGUCGUCGCGUGCCCCGGGCAUGUGAGUCCUGCAGGCAACGAAAGACAAAAUGCAGUGGCGAUGCACCCGUUUGCCGUCAAUGCCGCGAGCUCCGGGUCGCUUGUCAAUAUCCGAUGGGGUGGAGGGACAAGAUGAAGCAUCGGUUUCAGUAUGACCUGAAGGGAGAUCUCAAUUAUGACAAUGCUAUCUCACGCCCUCCAACUUCCCAAGCUGGGGUGGAUGGAAUUCAGGCUUCUCCCCUGUCCUCAAUCGGGUCGUUAGACGCAAUUGACCGGGUGGACGAAGAUCACAACAGGACAGAAGACUCACGGGCCACAGGCUACAUGGGCAAAAGCUCGGAGAUCACUUGGAUUCAACGUUUGCAACGAGAAGCCGAACAGCGGUCCCAUGGAAAGUCCGGCUCUUUGGAGCCACGCCCCGACGAAGAUCAGGAGACGAAGGAGAAAUUCUCACUUCACGCCUUGAACUAUCAUCUGGACGACCUCAGUAUCUCUGUUCCUGAGCCGGUACAGGAAUACAGCAUGCCCCCUCGAGACCAAGCAGAUCACCUACUAGCCACCUAUCUCGAAAUGGUGCACCCGUUUUUCCCAAUCAUCAGCAAACCAUUAUUCAACGCACAAUUCCGGUCAUUUUUCGACAGUUCGGCACAAUUCCGUGGCAUCCGACCCGGCGACAAAUGGCUUGCCAUUCUCAAUAUGAUCUUCGCCAUCGCUGCCAAUCAUGCCGAUCUCACAAAUGCGCCGUGGCAUGGAUCGGGGACAGCCCACCUGAUUUACCUCGCCCGGGCUCGACGUUUGAGUAUGAGCAGUCAAGAUCUGUUCAGUCAUCCAGACCUUCAGCAGGUCCAGGUGGAAGGCCUCAUUGCAUUUUAUCUACUUUCCACCAAUCAGAUCAACAGGGCCUGGAGAAUUUCGGCUUUGGCCGUGCGCUCUGCUAUCACACUGGGGUUGAAUUUGAGGAACAACAACUCCAUCACUCCUAAUGUCUCCAAAGAAUCCAGAUAUAAAGUGUGGUGGUGCAUCUAUUCCCUGGAGCAUAUGCUUGGGAUCAUGACGGGUAGACCAUCAUGUACACUGGACGGAGGGUCUGCUACUCCUCUACCGCUGCCUUUUGACGAAGACCAACUCAAGACGGACCCGACGGCCAUUGAGAUGCUCAAUAACCCACAACUACGCGAGUCUAGGAUUCGAAAUGUUAUGGCAAGCUCGUGGGAUCGUACUCAAGGCUCUACUCGGGAGAAUGUCCCCCAAGCCGAUCCAUCAUGGGUCAAAGGUCUUCCAGCAGCCUUUGGGGUAUGCUAUCUGUACUACUGUGAUCUAACGGUGAUCACACAAGAAGUCCUCCAAAAGAUAUACUCUACGCAUUGUGUCCUGCUACCGUGGGCGGAGAUCGAAAGUCGGAUUGAUGAAUUGCGAUCCCGUUUCGACCUGUGGCGAUCCAACUUGCCGCCCGCACUUGAAUUUACAGAACGGACAGACCAUGAUGGCCCUGAUCGUCUUCGAUGCAAGUUAUUAUUGGGAUUUCACUAUUACAGCUCCCGGAUCACACUGGGGCGACCGUGUCUCUGCCGGCGAGACGCCCGUCAAAAUGGAUCCACGCCAACUUUCAGCCACACAAUGGCCCUAAUGACCUUGGAUUCUGCCACUUGCAUGAUUAAUCUGAUAUCAGAUGAGCCCAACAUUCUCCAGCUCUAUCAGAUGUGCCCCUGGUGGUGCAUCCUACGACUACUCAUGCAGGCAGCCGUUGUCAUCCUUCUCGAGCUCUCCUUUGGCAGCGUCCACAUUCCCGAAGAUGAGUCCAAGUUUGUACAGCUGGUCAAGAAAUGUAUACGAUGGUUCUUUGCCAUGCCUGAACCCAGCGCCCAGCGCGCCUGGCGUCUGUGUGAUUCCAUCUUCCGAAAGCUCGCCCGAGGAAUGAAGUACAGCACUACGGAUAUCCCAUCUCAAGCCUCCUCACGAGAUCACUCCCAUCUUUCCAGUCGCUCGCUGCCGCCUCAUCACCCACCCGACGUCGCGCAGGAUUACUUCAACCUUCAACCUGAAGACAUGUCCCUCUUUGGGUCGCAUUCUACAACUGAGCUCCCGCUCUGGACGAAUUUCCUCGGUCACUCCACCCCGGGGCUGACGCCUCCUGUGCAGGACCCUUUGGCACCUGCCGACCCCUAUCUUCCUUAUGAUCCUUUGGGUGAUGACUUUAUCCGUGCCUUCUUUGCGGCUCCUGGGGAAGACAACAGGGAAAAUCGCUGA